AUGUUACCGAAUUUAAUCAAUGAAAAAAUUCGCCACAUCUUUGAAAUACCAGAAGAAAUAAAUAUUCCUAAUGAUGUUACAACAAAAAUAUCAAACAAAUUACUACAGAUGUUUGUAAAAAAUUCAGAGAAAAAUACAACUAACAGUAUAGUUAUAUCGUUAGAUGAAGAAAAUAUCCCUAGUAACAGUAAAACAUCUAAUUAUUUAAAAAACAUAUUAAAAGAAAAAUUACUAUGUGAUGAUGAAGAUAAUAACCUUAGCAAUUAUCAACAAUACACAAACACAAACAACACAAAUGAUGCUUCAGAAAAAUUACGUAAAAUAUUUGAAGAAAAAACAUAUACUGAUGAUGAAAUAUAUGCAAUAUCGUCCGAUAUCCAAUCUGACAUGAAUUGA